GCGCCAUUUUUUCGUGAAUUAUCAUUGUUAUAUAUUUUUAACCAUAACAAAGUUAAAUAAUAAAUAUAUUUAAAAAUUUAAAAAAAGUAAUUAAAAAUAAAUCCUAGAGUCCAAGUUGUUGAUUGUUAAUAAAUUUACCAUAAAAUAAUGAGCAUGCUAUGGAAUAGCAUUAAACCUGUCAACAAUUUAAUUAAAAAUGUACCAAAAGUAUCGGCGAGAUUUAAAGUGUCAUUUAAAUCAGACUUAAAAAUAACUUGGACCCGGCCCGAAAAAGUACCCAGUACUGAUCCAUCUAAAAGUUGUGAUCUUGGAUUGGACCACCAAACCAAAGGGACUGAAUACUCUCGCUGGUUCAGUCAGUCCAAAGAAUUACAAGAUGCCGAUGAAAUAGUUAAAAAAUUAUGUACACUUGAUUAUUUACCUAUAAAAAAGACUGAAGAAGUUAAUCGCGAAAAAACAAUAGGGCUUGUCAAAAGACAUGAAUCUGACCGUGGUUCCAUGGAAGUUCAAAUUGCUGCAAUGACCAGCGAAAUACUUUACCUCCAGGAAUACCUGACCCGGUUUCCCCGCAACAAAGUAACCAAACACUUUUUAAAAGAACUAAUAGACAAACGGCGAAAGUGCUUGGGCAGGUUACGGAAGUGGGAUUACCGUCGAUUCGAGUGGAUUCUGGAGAAAAUGAAUCUGUUGUUCAAACCUCACCCACCUCUAUAUCACCGGGUCGAGCGAAAAGCUUCGAUGCGUAAAUUGACGGCCACUCACUGUGAUAAAAUAGUCCAAGAAAAGUUAACAAACUAUCGAAAAGAGCUCGAAGCUCAGCAGAAAAUAUUUUUCAAAGAGAAAGCCGACAAACUGGCAUUUAUUCGCUCUGAAGAAAUAGCUUGCGGGCUGAUUCCUAGUGUUACUGAAGAAGAAAUAGCUGCUGCGCGUGAGAAAGCAAAACAAUUUGAAUAAAUAUAUUUAAUAAAUUUUUAAAAACACA